CAUGGACUCCCUCAUGCCCAAAAGCGACUCCUCCCGUCUUCGUGGUCAGUCUCAGAUGGACUUCAAGACCGCUACCACCGGUGUUGCGGCGAAAGCCAUGCGCAACGAGCUCAGUAAUCUCGUCAAGAGCGUCUCCGAUCCUGCGACAAAGAAGGCCUUCGACACCGAGAUGCAGUCCUUCUUCUACCUCUUCACGCGCUACCUUGCUAAGCGUGCUGUCGCACAAGAGAUCGAGUGGGAUCGCAUCAAGUCACCAGGAGAAGACAAGGUUGUCCCCUACGCCAACCUUCCCGAGGGUGAUCCCUCUGCUCUCCAGAAACUCGCGGUCUUGAAGGUCAAUGGUGGUCUCGGUACUUCAAUGGGUAUGACUGGCGCGAAGAGUGCGCUCGAGGUUAAAGACGACAUGACCUUCCUCGACCUGACUGUCCGUCAGAUUGAGCACCUCAACACUACCCACCGCGUAGAUGUCCCUCUUAUCCUCAUGACAUCCUUCAACACACAUGAAGACACCCUGCGCAUCAUCAAGAAGUACGCGAACCAGCAGCUGCGUAUCACCACUUUCAACCAGUCGCGCUAUCCCCGUAUGUACAAGGAAUCGCUUCUCCCGUGUCCCAAGAGCGCGGACGAUGACAAGAAGAACUGGUACCCCCCGGGUCACGGUGACCUCUACAACGCUCUGCACCAGUCUGGUGUCCUCGACCAGCUUAUCUCAGAGGGCAAGGAAUACCUCUUCGUGUCUAACUCCGACAAUUUGGGUGCUGUCGUUGACCAGAAGAUUCUCCAGCACAUGAUUGACUCGCAAGCAGAGUUCAUCAUGGAGGUCACUGACAAGACCAAGGCUGAUGUCAAGGGUGGUACCCUCAUCGACUAUGACGGCAUAAUCCGCCUUCUUGAGGUCGCACAGGUCCCUAAUGAACACAUUGAGGACUUCAAGUCCGUUCCCCUCAAGCGCAUCAUGGAGAAUGGCGAGAUGGAGCUUGACAUCAUCGUCAACCCCAAGACGACCGAUGAUGGCCAGGCUGUCCUCCAGCUCGAAACAGCGGCCGGUGACGCCAUCCAGUUCUUCACGGGCGGCCACGGUGUCAACGUUCCCCGUAGUCGGUUCUUGCCCGUUAAGAGCUGCUCAGAUCUCCUGCUCAUCAAGUCAGACAUCUACUCGCUGCAGCAUGGCCAGCUCGUCAUCAACCCGCAACGCAUGUUCGAGACGACACCGGUCAUCAAGCUUGGCGACCACUUCAAGAAGAUUCAGCAGUUCCAAAAACGCUUCAAGAAGAUCCCCAAGAUCAUCGAGCUCGACCACUUGACCGUCACUGGCGACGUUUCCUUCGGUCGUAACGUCACUCUGCGUGGUACUGUAAUCGUUGUCGCGAACGAGGGCCAGCGGAUUGACAUCCCUGACGGGUGUAUCCUCGAGAACCGACUGGUGUCCGGUAACCUCAACCUUAUCGAACUUUAAAUACUUGGACAUAUAUUAUUUGUCAUGGACAUUUUGCGAUAGUUGUGUACACCUCUGUUGGGUACAAGCGCUUGGGGUCCGGAUAGAAGGCACAGCCAGGAAACCGUCUAUAGUAUAAUACAUGUAUCUCGUUGUCCGUAGUCUUCGUCACCAAUGUUGUUUUGUAGAUGCAUAGAGAAUAAUUUGCUUUUGUGUAUCACGUGCCUAACUAUUUGUAUAUAUUUACGCGAGGGCGGGACUUCCCUAUGUGGAAUGCGCGCCUCCCCGACGCUUUCAGGACGC